UGAGUGCAUUGCUCUUCUGCAGCUGCGAUAGGAUACGGGAAGCCAUUUCUUGUCAAGGAAAUUUAACUAUUUUACUCUCUUUUGCAGAAGAUGUAGACGCAAUUUGGAUUUUAAUGAUCGGAAUUAUAUGCAAGGAUGAAGUUUUCAUAGCGGAGUCAUAAAAGAGUCCACAUUUUCUCCUUAUUUUGUCCAGCGUUCGGAAAUGGGAACUGGACAGACUGUUACUCCCUGAUGAGCAGAUCAGAGUAAUGAUUGAAGAGGGACUCUCCGUGAAUAAAGCAUAUUGAUGUGAACAUGGAAAGCUCCCAUGAUCGACAUGCUGAGAAAGUUUCUUCUGACUCCACCAUGUAUAAUGUACGUGUGGACUAUGCAUUGCCUCCUGCUUCAAAUGGUCUGAAUUUGUUUAGGGUCGACCCUGAUAUAUAGACUGGAAUCAUACAUUUGUGUUCACCAUCUCUAAUUUUAGGAUUUUUAUUGAUCUUGAGGCGUUAAAAGCUGUAUUUUUCACUUACAUGUAGGAUCAUUCUUUCACUAUUUUUCAUAUGUUAGAGGAACUGAAUACCGUGCACAUUCUUCAGACUGUACAACUUUCAAAGGUUCGGAAUCUACAACUUUGCUAGUUUGCUCCUAAAUGAGUAAAGUGAGACAUUUUCCUUUAGAAACAGACCGUCAUAUUUGAAAUCGAAUGAUGGUUAACUUGAAAAUCAGCUAGCGAGGAAGUCUGAAAACACUGAACGAUUUCCCAUAUUGGAUUAUACAAGGAGCGGCGAAAUAAAGACUAGCCAAACUGAAGAAGUUUGAAGAUAACAGGGCAUCGGUAGUGUACGGAGGGGACAACAUGAGUGUCUACAUCGACCUCCACUUUAUACGCUGCCUCAAACGCAACCCGGAGGAGAGAACACCAGAUGAUCUUCAGUGUAUAUUUGCUCAUCUCCAUGAUCUGGAGGCGCUGCGGUCAUUACGGGAACCCGCCAUCAGAGAGAUAGCGAAAACUGUACGAUAUGAACGUCACGAAGCAAAUGAUAUACUCUAUUGCCGAGACGACCUAAGUACAUGUUGGUUCAUACUCCUCUCGGGCUCUGUGUUCAUAGACCAUGCCAUGUACCUACCAAGAAGCAGUUUUGGUAAACGAACAUCCGGUAGUGGAAGACGAGGAACAGACUGUUUGAUUUUAGAACCUUCGGAACUUCUUGUGAUUGAUUACCCCGAUGCACAGUUACUGCACCCUGGCCAGAGGCAAUCGUGCACACCCACCAAUCUGGAAAGGCUCAUGGCGCUGGAGCAGGAGGAAGUCAAGGUCUCGGCUAACCACAGAGGGCGCUCUUUGAGCGAGGACCGAAGCCACGAGGACGAUCAUGAGCCUCUUCCCUCUAUCCGUCUUGAGCGAGCUCUCUCUGUGGGCAGCGAGAAGAAAUACAACAAAAAGGACCUCGACGAUGUCCAGAUUAUUAUGGAUAACAACCCCGAGACCCAUCCUCGACACUUGUUGGCACUCUCCGCCCACAACACUCCGACACAUACCGUUAGCAGUGGGGACCGUAGUUCCAUGCAUAGUAGUAUGAGUAGUAGUUACUCAGACAUCUAUUCUGCAGCAGAAAACCAAGAUUUAGAUCUGAGUGGCCUUGUGGAAAGCACCGUGGAUUCAGAUGAAGAAGAAUCUAGUGAAUCAGGGUCUCUUCUCGUGAGGGAUCUUGUCCGAGAUUGUUUGGAGAAAGACCCGAUGCAUCGGACAGAGGAUGAAAUAGAGUUGCUCUUAGACUUCAUGCGUCACCUCCCUGCGUUUGCCAACAUGACGAUGUCCGUGCGGAGAGCGUUGUGCUCCGUCAUGGUGUUUGCGGUCGUCAGUAAAGCUGGAACGGUAGUCAUGAAAGACGGGGAAGAGUUGGAUUCCUGGUCCGUUAUACUGAAUGGUCAUGUAGAAGUUUCUAAACCAGAUGGAAGUGUCGAUGAACUGCACUUAGGAGAUAGUUUUGGAGUGAAACCCACGGAGGAGAAGCAGCAUCAUGCUGGUGUCAUGAGAACAACGGUCGACGACUGUCAGUUUGUCUGUAUAGAACAAGGUCAAUAUUUUAGGAUCUUAACACAGGGUGAAGAAAAUAUCAGGAGAAUAUCUGACGAUGGGGAGCUGGUAAUGGUUACAGAACACAGAGUCUUGGAUGAGAGACGAUACGGACAUGUUGUAAUUAAGGCCACACCAAACAAACUUGUGGGUCAUUUAGUUGCCAACCAUUCUCCCAUUGACCCUACCUAUGUAGAAGAUUUCCUGAUGACGUACAGGACAUACAUGGACACCCCUCACCAGAUAUGCAGGUGUCUUCUUAUUUGGUUCCAAGAUGUAGCGAUGAGAGAUAAGGUGACUCGCGUGGUGCUGCUUUGGGUCAACAAUUACUACAAUGAUUUUGAGAGUAAUAUUGACAUGAUUGAAUUCCUGGAAGAGUUUGAGGACAAUUUAGAAAAAGAGAAUAUGACAGGCCAACUCAGGUUAUUACAUAUAGCAGGAGCAGCCAAGGCUAAACCAAGGACCGUUAUUCUGGCCCGAUCGGAUAGGGAAUCAUCAUUAGCAUUCAGUAUUGUAGGAGGUUGGGAGAAGAAGAUGGGGAUCUUUAUCUCAAAGGUGGACAAAGGAUCCAAGGCCCAGGAAGUAGGUCUACGCAAAGGAGAUCAGAUCCUCGAAGUUAACGGACACAACUUUGAGCAUGUGACCAAUGAGAAAGCAGAGAAGAUCUUAAAAGGAACAACACAUCUCAGUAUCAUAGUUAAAUACAACACCCUAGCAUUCCGUGACCUGUUGGCUUCUCAGGACAGUCGUCCUGGUACGGGCCGCCGGGCCAGCCAAGAGAUAGCCCUCCUCCAGAGUGACCCACUGGCCAGGCUAGCCCUGCCGGACAUGGGCCUGUCGCUUGCGGGUGGACCACCGGAAAUCAAGGAUAAGUCCAAGUUGGACAAGAAAACAGCAUUCGGCAAGAACAAGACCAAGCUCAUGAGAACGAUGGCCAAAUUGAACAUAUUACCCAACAAGCCAAAUGCCAAAGAUGACAAUGUAGCAGCUGGCUUGAUGCGCAGCGGCCGUGCAAACAGCCUUGCCAGUAGCAACCCGUACCUGAGUAAUAGCAACCCAGACCUAUCCUCGUUGCCGAGUAUUUCCUACUUCGAUGGUGGAGGAGGCGGGGGAGGGUACGGCUAUAACGACUUCCCUGAACAUGUGCUGAAGAUUUACAAGGCUGACCAGUCUUGCAAAUAUUUCCUUGUUCAUAAGGAGACCACAGCCAAUGAGGUGACCAUGCUCUCCAUGCGCGAGUUCAACGUGUCCGAACCGGCCUGUACGGGUAAAUAUUCCCUCUGUGAGGUGACCGUCGGUCAGGGUGGACUGGUCAAGCAGAAGAGACUUCCCGAUCAUCAAGCCAACAUUGCAUCCAAGCUCAGUCUCAAUGGGAGACUCUUCCUCAAAAACAACAUGGCUUCGGAGACGCUCAUGCCCGAUGAAGUGGCAGUGGAACUGCUGAAAGAGAGUCAAGUGAAUUUCCUGCAGCUCGACAGUGUGGAGGUCGCCGUCCAGUUCUCUUUGCGUGACUACGCCAUUUUCCAAGCGAUAGAACCAACUGACUACAUAGAGGAUCUCUUCAAUCUGGAACCCCAAGGCAAAAAGGAGGUGGACAGACUCAAAGCAUAUGAAGAGUUGGUCAACCUUGAGAUGUUCUGGGUUGUUUCUGAAGUUGUGAGCGAGCCUAACGUCGUGAAGAGAGCUAAGAUACUCAAACAGUUCAUCAAGAUAGCAAGGCACUUCAAGGACUGCCACAACUUCAACUCCCUGUUUGCCGUCAUCAGCGGGCUGGGUCACGGGUCGGUCUCCAGACUGCGCCUGGCAUGGGACAAGGUCCCCAGCAAGUACAUCAAGAUGUUUGAAGAUCUCCAGGCCUUGCUCGAUCCCUCGAGGAACAUGUCCAAGUAUCGUAACCUCAUCAAUGCAGAGAAUGUCCAGCCACCAUUGAUGCCGUUUUUCCCGAUCGUGAAGAAGGAUCUGACGUUCAUCCAUCUUGGCAAUGACUCGUACGUAGAGGGCCUCAUCAACUUUGAGAAGCUGAGGAUGGUCGCGAAGGAAGUCCGAUAUUUCCACAGCAUGGGCAAUGCACAAUAUGAUCCCAAGCAUCUGCUGACCCCCGUCCAGCCCCAAGGCAACUCCUACAGCUUCAGCGUCGUCUCGGGAACGGCGACGUUACCAAGGAAACGGAACCAGAACCGACGCAACUCAGGGCUUCUCAACCCCAAGAAGAUGUGGGAGGAGGCUCAGAUGUGCCGUAGAGUAAAGAUGUACAUGGCCAAUCUGACUGUGAUGCAAGAUGAAGAUAAACUCAGAGAGAUGUCACUCAGGUGUGAACCAGUAGCAAGCUCAGGCGGAAGCAGUGGUAACAGCAGCGGCUACUCCACCCUCCCUCGCCGAACCCAUCACAACUCCGCUUCCAAUGUCUCUCAAUCUUCGCUGGAUCCCAGCGAUACCGCCUCCAUCACCUCCUCCUCCUCCUCCCUCAUGCCCCCUCCCCAGACGGCCCCCUCCGGCCGUCAGCCCCACCCCAACAAGUCGUCCUCACCGACGCACGGGCGCGACCCGAGGGAGGAGAAGCUAAAACAGAUAAUCUAUAAGGACGCGCCCAAGACUUCUUUUGGUGCAACGUCUCCAAAAAAUCUCAAGAAACUGCUCUCGUUAUCGGAAGAGGGAGACAAACACAUAAAGACCUUGCGCAUGGAUCGAUCAUCGAAGAGCGACGAUUCCGCAUCCAUCGACUCCUCCAAGGCCUCAAUGAUGAGCUCCCCGCCGACCUCGCCGGGGGCAAAGUCGCAGAAGAGAUUUCGGAAGCUUGGUAUCGUCAACAAGAUGAACAACAUGUCGACGGGAUCGUUAGAGCCGAGACAGAGGCGGCCGCUGAGCCCUCAGAGGAGCGAUAGCGGAUACGGAGGAAGCGAAGCAGGAUCUCAAAGUGGUCGGGUCGAACAACACGAUCCUCGUAGGAGACAUACCGUUGCAUCUGGUCCACCCGCCUCUGCCUUCAUUGGCGGGGGUAUAGGUGCUUACGACAGCUCCGACUCGGGGGGCGGGCUUUCUUACGAUACGCAGAGCAACUCCUCUUUCGGUUCGUCGUCACCACCUACGCGUGAUAACCGAUUCGUCCGAGAUGGAAUGCAUACGUACAACAAAGCGCAGGCCUUACCCGUCGGUCAGAUGGGAUACGGAUCCUACCCAAGGCCCCGCCCCCCACCUGACUACCACACAGUCAGAAAGAGUAUAUCUCCUAAUAAAGUCCCUCCUCCCAAGCUCUACUCUCCGCCCCCUCAGGAGAUGCAGGAACGCAAACCACCCGAUUAUGAGAUCGCAGCUGCCAGGGCACGGGACUUGCCACGUAGUAGUGAAUCAUGUGAUUUCUACGAUUCAGAUAAUGAGCAAGUGUCUGUUGUAUGAGUCAUCCGUAGAGUCCAUUUCAUGUUGGCACCACAAUCAUUGGUAGAUGACCUUAUGACCUCCGUGCAGUUCGUCCUGUUCCAGAUGUAUCAAUAGACCUUUUACUUUGUACUGUAUAUUACACAGAGGAAGCACAAAACUUGUAGUUGUAAAUCCAAUCUAUGUGCAAGGACUUUGUCAAUGAUGUAGGACUUUGGAGCUGGCCAUCGAGCAUAAUAUUGGUGAUGACCGA